AUGCUACAACUAGAACCCGUUGCUGCUGCGGCUGUCACUAAUGGCACAGAUAAAUCUCAGAAGCGCCCUGAAUGGCUGCUGGACCAAGUUAAGAACCCGGCAGAACAACAUCUUUCCAGCACAUUAGCCACAGACCAUCAACAUCUUACGAACGGGAAGCACCCUAAACAAUCGCUUUUACAAGGGCUUUAUUCAAGCAAUGUGGUGGCCAAGAUAUGGGGAGUAGCAGCGCCUGCUCUGUUCAAGUCAGAGCCGCCUACUCUAUACCCCGAGUAUACCAAACCGGGUGGUACGCGAUACGUAUUUCGGGAACUCGAUUUCUGGACGUCGGGGUUUUUCCCUGGCAGUCUAUACUUACUCCUCGAGAGAGAACGACGCUUCAAGCGAGAGCUUGCUAUGAUACAAGAGCCAUCAAUAUCUUCUUCGACUUUCCAUCCUAUGCAUCUCGAAUUCGCUUGCAAGUGGUGGACGACCAAUCUCCAUCAAAAUUCGACGCUGGCCUCCACCCAUGACCUUGGCUUCAUGAUCUUCCCAUGGGCAAAGCUCGCCUGGACACUCGAUCACGACGUACUUGCGCGAGAUACUAUAAUACGAGCAUCAAAAAUGUUGGCAUCGCGAUACGUGCCAGCUACUGGCGCGAUACGAUCCUGGGAUACUUGCACGACGUUGCGGUAUUCGUUCACAGAUCCGACAAAGGACUUUCUCUUCAUCAUUGAUAACAUGAUGAACUUGGACAUGCUCUUCUGGACGGCCUCGGAGACUGGAGACCAAGAAAUGUACCAAAUCGCCGUGAACCAUGCGAAGAAAACGCAAGCAUGUCACAUCAGGGCCGAUCACUCCACGACACAUCUCGUGGUCCUCGAUCCAAAUACUGGUAGCAUCAAAUCUCGACUGACAAACCAAGGAUACUCUGACACAUCGUCAUGGACGCGUGGUCAGGCGUGGGCCAUUGCAGGCUUUGCGCAAACCUACAACUGGACGCGAGAUGCAUCUUUUCUCGAAACGGCUCGAGCGUGUGCAGAUUACUUUCUCAGUAAGCUGCCUCCCAAUAGCGUGCCGCCCUGGGACUUUUGCACUCCAACGGAUUCUGAGCAGCCCCCUGACACCAGUGCGGCGGUGAUUGCUGCUUAUGGUAUGCUUCUCAUCCACGAGGCACUUGUACAGCGGGGAGAGCAGUCGUCCUAUUUCGAGAGUGCGAUUAGAAUAGUAAAAGCCAUCUGCUCGAAACACAUGACUCCACAGAGUUGUUUCAUAACGACAACAUCUACCUUGGAUACCGUAGAGCAAAAUACGCAGAACGUACAGACGGAGUUUACGGUAAUCCAGAAUGAUACUAUCCCACAGACCAUUCUCGGAGGCGCCACAAUCAACAACUACGAGUUUGCUCCAAGGCGCUGGGCUAAUCAUGGUCUUGUGCAUGAAACUCGUGCGGGCUCGCGCCAGGGUUAG